AAACGUUGUUGCUAGGUUGCUUCUACCCAACUACAACAAGCAUUCUGGUAGGCUAAUAUCAUGGUAUGCAAGUGUCGUUAUAUGAAAUUUCAAACCUUGACCUAACUGCAGUAAGAUCGAACCAAAACUUCCUGUGCUACAGUUCUUGGAAUCAAAAAAAUGCCGGUCACCUGUAUGGUUGAAAAUAUCGAAGGCGAUGGUGGUCGCUUGAAUUGGUGCUAUUUCCGGCCAGCACCUGCAUCUGCAGACGACGACAAUAAGGAUUAUUACAAAUAUAUGGACGAGCACAAUACGACAGAGAAAGAGAAGCCAUGGAUAAUCUUUUUCCCCGGCGACAUCUCCGGUUUCCUGAUGGCAGGCAGUACUCGAGUGGGCCGCAGAAGAAGAAGCGAAUCCUCCUGCACCAGCAGCAGCCGAAGAAGGACGUUCUGCGUGGGAAUGUUAAGGCCCUUUUCCACGACACUGCAUUUUGCUCUUGGUGGAGGAUCCUUGACUAUUUCCAAGGAUCCUUGA